CAUCAUCAUGAAUACAUAUCCUUUCAAAUUCAGUCCACACAACUCUCGCGUUCUGUUUUCCCAGCUAAGCUUUGGUCACACUCUCACGUGCAUCAUGUCAAGGAUACACGUUACGUUGGUAAAUGGAAAAUGAAGAACAUAUACGUUAUACAUGCUCUUAGAGUUCUAUUCUCGUGACAUGAUGUUUCUGUCGGGAACUCUUACCAAAACGCUCUUCAUCACUUGACUCACCUCAAAACCAAUCCAAUAUAAAUUAUUUACCAUUCAAUUGGUACUGUUUACUCUUUUCUUGUUACGUACUCUUAUUGCUCCCUCUCUGUACAAAUGGAAAAGCUUUGUGUACUUUUGGCCACUCUUGUGUUCCUUGGUAUAUUGUUUCUUGGGGAAAAUGUAACUGCUUUGAGGACUAACGACGGAUCAGAAGAAUGGGGCUAUGUACAAGUCAGACCCAAAGCCCACAUGUUCUGGUGGCUUUACAGAAGUCCCUACAGAGUGGACAAUCCAUCCAAGCCAUGGCCAAUUAUUCUCUGGUUGCAAGGAGGACCUGGCUCUUCAGGAGUUGGAUUUGGAAACUUCAGAGAGAUUGGUCCUUUGGAUGCCAAUUUGAAGCCAAGGAAUUUCACAUGGUUGAAGAACGCAGACCUGCUUUUUGUGGACAAUCCAGUAGGAACUGGGUACAGUUUUGUGGAGGAUUCUAGACUCCUUGUUAAAACAGAUGAGGAGGCAGCCACUGACUUGACUACAUUGUUGACCAAGUUGUUCAACAGUGAUCUGAGACUCCAGAAGAGUCCUCUCUUCAUUGUGGCAGAGUCAUACGGUGGAAAAUUUGCUGUCACUCUUGGAUUAUCUGUUAUCAAAUCUAUUCAAAAAGGAAAACUGAAGCUUAAACUUGGAGGUGUGGUGUUAGGAGACAGCUGGAUCUCCCCCGAAGAUUUUGUAUUUUCAUGGGGCCCUCUGCUUAAAGACCUCUCAAGACUUGAUGACAAGGGGCUGCAAAUAUCAAACAGUAUAGCUAAGAGGGUCAAGCAGCAACUUCAAGCUGGUCAAUUUGUUAAUGCAACUAACUCAUGGAGUGAGCUUGAAUAUGUAAUUAACAUCAACAGCAAUUCUGUGGAUUUCUAUAACUUUCUGCUGGAUUCUGGAAGUGAUUCAGCAACCGUAUCCGCAAUGAAGCGGAAAUUAUUCAAAGAAAUAUCAAUGAGGCGAUACUCCAAGCAUCUUACUUCAACUAGAUAUUCUCCUGGUGUUAAUGGUGAUCUUAACAACUUAUUAAACGGUGUCAUAAAGAAGAAAUUAAAGAUAAUUCCUGAAAAUAUUAGUUGGUUUGACCAGUCCGAUAAUGUUUUCACAAAUCUUGAAGGUGAUUUUAUGAAGCCUAGAAUUGCUGAGGUUGAUAAGCUGCUGGCUCUUGGGGUCAAUGUGACUGUGUACAGUGGACAAGUUGAUCUCAUUUGUGCAACAAGGGGAACAGAAGCUUGGCUUAAGAAACUCAAAUGGGUAGGGCUUCCAAACUUCAUGAAGAAAAACAGAACCCCCAUCUUCUGUGGAAGUGACAGAAAGACCAAUGGCUUUUUCAAGUCAUAUAAAAACCUAAAUUUCUAUUGGAUCCUUGGAGCUGGCCAUUUUGUACCUAUUGAUCAGCCUUGCAUGGCACUAAACAUGGUGGCUGCAAUUACACAUUCACCAGCACCUUGAACUUUGAAGCUAGUUAUUACUCCUUUAUCAUAGAAUAAAUAAAACUAUUGUUUAAUGAUUAAAUGUUGAGUAUCGAGGGAGUUACCACAGAUACACACAUGUCUCCACAUUGGUAAGAAUCGUGAGAUAUUGUCCGCUUUGGGUCCAAGCCCUCACGGUUUUGCUUUU